CGUAGGGCCAUUUCCGGCUACUCGGUUGUUGGCGUCCGCGUUGGAUGGUGAAUUUGUGUUAUCGUUCCAUGUAUUUAAUAAGAAAUGAUGGGCACCAUGAGUAGUAUUAAAGAAAUUAUGCAGUUUUGUCGAUUAUGUUUGGUUAAGGACCAAGUUAACGUUUCGAUUUUUGAAGAACACGGUGAUACGAGAGAUGUAAAACGAAAAAUUUCGGAGUGUUUGCCGGUUACGGUUUCCGAAGAGGAUAGUUUACCAAAAAAAAUAUGUGAUGGAUGUUUGUACAAAUUAGAACUAUUAUAUCAGUUUAGAACAACGUGCGUGAGUGCUGAAAAACAAUUGCAAGUGUGGAUUGCGGAGUUAAAUAAUAGUGAAUCUAAAGAAGAUCAGGACUUAAAACUGCAGCAUUCUCAAACUAGUGUUAAAGAAGAAAUAUUUGAUGCUACGGAUCAUCCAGAUAAUUCUGAAUAUGUAAUAGAAGAACAACAUAUAUCUUAUGAAGAAGGUGACAUUCCUUAUAAUGAAUCUCAGGAUGAUAAUGAUGAUGGAGAUGCCACAAAUUCAUCUGAUGAUGAACCAUUAGCCAAACGACGGAAAAGGUUUUUGGAGGAACAAGUGCAAACUGAUGACACUUUAAAAACUGCCGAUAACAAGAUGGCAAUCACAAAGUUAGAGCAUGAAAGUGAUGAUGAAAACGUAGAUGAUCCCGAACCUAACUUUGUUAGUGUUGGUACUAGCGAUGAUCAACAGCCAGGACCGUCAGGAUUAAACAAAAUGUCCGCUACAACCACCAACGCCGAGAUGCCGUGUGACUUACAUUCUACAAAUAUAUCAAUAGAAGACCAGGCCGAAUAUGCUAAACCAAAUAAAAGAAAAAUGAAGAAACCAAUAAAGGUGUCAGAACAUAAUGAAAAUAUGAAGAUUGUGUAUGGUGAUAACGAAACAUUAGAUAAAAAGCAGUUAAUAAAAUGUGACGAUUUACUAUUUAAAUGUAAAUUGUGUAAAACAGAGAAAAUAUUUUCAAAAAAAGAGGUGAUACAACAUUAUGGAUUGCAUCAUAAAGAUGUUCGAGUGCCAAGAAGUAUAAGAUUAGCAAGAAUGUUUAGUUGCGAAAUAUGUUCAAAAAAGUUUAAAUUAUCCCACAGUUUACAAGUGCACAUGACGACUCAUAACAACACGUUUCUUUGUGUUGAUUGUCAUUUAACAUUUAAGAAGGACAUUGAUUAUGUGUUGCAUUGUCGAAAACAUUGUCCGGACAAUAAAUUUAAAUGCGUUUACUGUGAUUAUGAAACAUCUGAUGUGAAUGAUAUAUCGCAACAUUUACACAGUUUCCACGACAAGUUUAGAUACACUUGUAAAAUAUGCAAUAAAGGUUUUGAUGUUUUAACGUGGUUUGAGGAACACGAUAAUUUGCAUACGGGUAAAAAACCGUUUACAUGUGAAUUUUGUGGCAAAUCAUUCAUUUAUUCAAGAUAUUUGGCAGCGCACAAAACCAGUAUGCACAAAUUAGAAAUUACUGGUGAGGCUAGCACCUACGAAUGUCCUCUGUGUAAUAAACAAUACCAACACAAAAACAGUUUAAAAGUACACAUGAAUUCCCAUACUGGAAACGUAGCGAUAUGCGAUAUAUGUGGAAAACAAUUAUCAAGUACAGAAAAAUUAAAGUUUCAUAUGAGAACACACACCGGUUAUAAACCGUUUAAGUGUAAAUUUUGCGAGAAAUGUUUUACAAAAAAACCUAUAUUAAUAGAACAUGAACGAAUUCACACUGGUGAAAAACCGUAUAAUUGUAGUUAUUGUCAUAAAUCGUUUUCGCAACGAUCGAGUUUGGUGAUUCAUAUUCGAACUCAUACAGGUGAACGACCGUAUGUAUGUCAUAUAUGUAAUAAAGGUUUUGUUGCUAGAUCGCUGCUAAAUAUUCACUUUAAAAAUUGUAAAGGCUAUUAAAGUAUGUUCAAACCAAAUGAGAUUUGUUGCUAAAUCAUUAUCUUGAUUUUGAACAAUUAAUACAAAAUUUGAUAAUUUAAUAUUUAAUAGAAUACUUGCUAUAAGAGUUGUUCGCUGACUUAGCAUGUUAUAAUACCAGGACACUGUAAUAUAAAACUAGUUACUUUUACAUAUUUUGUUCGUUAGUAUUUUAUUGGAAACGCUUAAUCAUUAAUAUGGUUCAUUAUUGGUGGUUAAUAUGGGCGUUGUGAUAUAGAUGGUCAAAAUCUAUCGAAAGAGUUGCGAGAUAUCAAUAUUAAGUGUUACCUAGUUGUAUCAUCUGUUAAUAACUUAAUUAAACUUCGCAACUACCAGAACUUUAUACAACUGCUAAUAUCAACCUCAAAGACUGAUUUAACGAUAUCUAGUAUCUAUAAAUGUUUGUUUCAUUUUAAUUGAGGAAAUAUGUAAUGUUCAAUUAUAAAUUAAAUCUCAACAAAUCAAAUAACCGCAUUGUAAUUCAACCAUAAGGAAAUUUGUGAAAUGAACAAUUUAUAAAGCUUAAAAUUGAUUUGGCAGUUCAUAACAGUUCUAAAACAUAAGUGCUUUUUGCAUUUAUAGCAACUGAAUAUUGUGUAUCUUUGAUUUUUUGUUGUUUCUUUGAUAUUGUUCAGUUUCUACCAGAGAUUGUAUGCUUUUCUAUUUUGAGGAAUAUUGAUUUAGGUUUUAAUUUCUUAACGAUUUCUUACGUUCUCAUCUAGUAAUUGAUGCUUAAGCUAGAUAUAAUUGCCUUAGAGUUUUAUUAUUAUUAUUACUUUCGUAUAGAUAUGAGACUUAGCUCUAUUAUUUUUGCUUCACAUUUUUGCCUUUAUUUACAUAUUUGGUAGAUUUUCCUUCCACCUUUUUCUAGGUCUAUCUUCCAAUGUUCCCUCUACCUGUUGGUGAUUUGGUAAUCAUUAUUCUGACAAUUCGUUGCUCUGUUAUGCGAUCGAUGUGCUUAUUCCAUUUAUACUUUCUGUUUAGUACCCAGUCACUGAUAUUAUCUAUCCUGUAUGUGCUCAGUUCUUUCUCUGCCCAUCAGACAUUUUUCCAGCUAUUCUACGCACUAAUAUCAUUUCCGUAGUUUCUGGUAUUCUUUCAGUUUUGGAUGUCUCGGGUCGGAUUGCUGCUGCAUAAGUUAGUAUAGAUUUAAUUGGAGUCUUAUAAAUUCGGGCUUUAGUUCAAAUCUCAACAUCCCCGUAUCCAGAUAUUUCGAUACCCAGGUAUUUAAAUUUUAUUUUCUGGUGUAUGAUUUUAUCAUUGACCACAAACUUGCAUUUGAUCGGUAUCUUGGAGGUAGUUAUAGAUUUUGUUUUUGUCACUGAUAUUGUUAAGCUACAAUCGAUAUGAUAUUAGAUUGCAGUGCCUAGGCUGAAUUAAGCAAGUACUGCUAUGUCGUUCAAAUGUCGCCGAGGCGCUAAAAUAUGUAUAUUAAUUUUGAACGUAUAGUUCGCAGUUCAUCUGGGAUUCUAUAUCAGGAGAUUUUUUAAAAUUUUUAAAUGCUUUACCUGCUUUGCUUCUAACUUUUGAGGGAAGGAAUAAGACACCUUCUCAUGCUAUCUUUUUUUCCAGCAUUUUUCAAGCUUUAAAGCUCCGUUUUUCUUUCAGUAUAUUCAUCGCAUGGUUAACGUAGUGAAUGUGAUCAAUGUUUUAAGAACCAUUUUUUUGAGAAAUGAUUCUUGAAAAUAUUAUAACAACUGCAUCUACAAUUGCAAUCAGUAAAAUUUUCUUUUUCUACACGGUUGCAAUGUUUUCAACAUUUUUUAUGGUCUCAAACAGAAGAUGAUUGAAAUUAUCUAAUAUCUUUUUUUGGUUAGUAUUUCUCUGUGAAAAAAGCAGUACGUGAGAGAGCACGCGAUGUGUAAUUUUGUUAUGUAAACAAUACCUGGAGUGUGUUGAACACAUGUAUUAAAAAUGUUUAAGAUUUGCUGUUCAAAACCAAGAUAGUGGUGCAUAUAUUGAGAUUUGUUGUAAGCACUUCCUGCACCGCGAAAACAGUUAUAAAUCACAAAUCGCUUUAUUAAACUAACCCAAAGAGAUAUCUACUUGUACCUACCCAUGUGGUUUGUGUUUUAUAACACUACGUGCGCAGAUCAGAUCGAUUGGUAUGAACAUAUUAAUUAAUUUUAUUAAAAAGUAGCGAUAUAUUCUUUUUUAAUUCUAUUUACACGAACAUUUACUUUUUGUAAUAAAUAAUUUAUAAUGUAACUGUGCGCUAAUAUGGUUUAACAUCUUAGUAAACAGAUAUUAAAUUAACAAGAAGAAAAAAAUGAUCCAGAAACUUGUAUUGAAACUAGAUUAAUCUGAAAUAAAAUUAAUUGUUAUUGAA